UGUGAGUGAACCCACAUAAUUAUGGAUUCUGCAAUCAAUUCGGAUGAGCUGGACGUUGUUUACGUAGGAAGAGGGCAGUAUUACCAGUACGCAAAAGAUAGAGUUCAAGAAGCAGUUGACAAAAUCCAGAAAAAUGAAAUGAGUUAUGGCGAGGCAAGUCGAUUCUAUGGGGUGCCGAAAACAACGCUUUAUAACAAAAUGAAAAACAGCCACAACAGUCCUCGGGGAGCAACAACAACACUAACAAAAGAUCAAGAGGACGAACUUGCUGAAUGGGUGUUAAAGCAUCAAGAAUACGGUGAUCCGAGAACUAAACAUGACAUCAUGAAUACAGCUCGCGAAAUUGCAGAGCUUGACGAUAAUUCGUCCAACCAUUUCAAAAACGGAUUACCAACAACAGGCUGGGUUGAAGGGUUUCUAAAACGAUACCCUCACAUUGUGUUCCGCAAACCAGAAACGAUCAGUAAGGCCGCUGCAGUCAACACAAAGGAAGAUUUUUCGAAAUUGUGGCGAAACAUAUACGACUUCCUGGAAAAAACCGAUCAGCUUGAUCUCCUUCACAAGCCAGAGCACUGGUGGAAUGCCGACGAGACAAGCUUUCCUCUCGAUCCUGUUCCCAGGAAAGUAUUGGCAAGAAAGGGAAGUAAAAAUGUUCAUCGGCGUGAACAAGGGCCACCGAAAGCAAAUACGACGUUCACGUAUGCGUUUUCUGCUUCUGGCGACUACAUUGAACCGUUGAUAACAUUAAAAGACUCAGCAACAAACAUAGCAGAUAUUGCUUUCGCUUGCGGAUCCGUCGGUGCGAAUUUUGCGAUAAACCAAACGGAUUCAGGAUGGGCUAAGGAGGAUUCUUUUUACCACUACGUAACGACGCAUCUAUACAAGCAAUGGGAACUUAAAGGAAGCCCAAAACCGAGAAUUUUGAUCAUCGAUGGAUAUCGCGCCCAUCUGUCUGUUCGCCUCCUCCGUUGGGGAAAACUUUACGAUUGCAUAAUAAUUGUUUUAUAUCCGAAUGGGACACCAUAUCUUCAAAUGUGCGACACUACAAUGUUUAAGCCGAUGAAAGAAAAACACACAGAAUUAUACCAACAGUGGCGGUUGAAAAAUCCAUUCGGAAACAGUAACGAUGUGGUGCUUGUCAAAUUGGUUAAAAUGGUCAACGAUGCUGUCAUUCGAAAGGAGAGUAUUAUUAAUGGAUGGAGAGCAACGGGUCUUCAACCAUUUAAUUUCAAUAAUCUCAAAUGUGACGAUCUACUGAGCAAAUCUCCAGAUUUCAUUUACGACUUUAAAGGACACCACACUGAAUCAUCCACGACUGCAGCUGGUAGAGAUGAAGGUACGCUCUUUAAACUUAAAACUUGUCGCAUCAAUUGUAGCAUUCAACUUAUAGAUCGUACGUUGAUAAUGGAUUUGGAGCGAACCGAGGACUAUGAGAGAUUUCAAAGAAUUUCCUUCGCCUUUCCUGCACAAUUAGAACAAUCGGCCGCUCAGUUGUGUACCAAUUUAUCGACUGUCAACCAGUCAGUGACAGAUCAUGUAGAUCCCGAGAAUUCCAGUACUAUAUUCAGCGCGUACACUGGAGAGUGUUCUACGAUUCAUGAAGUUCCUAUUAUAAAUUCUAAUGACCUGCUGAGCACAAACGUUGCUUUUAACGACAUUGAGUACAUAGGAGAAAAUGACGACGUAGAUUGUGCAUCACCGCACCAAACUCUUCACAUUGAACAUCAGAAUGAAUCUCGAUUGUCAAAUGUUGCUGUUACGUUUUCUGAAUUGAGUGGUCGAGAUCGAAUUUUUCGUUCAAAUGUGGAUACUGAUUUUGAUAUGUUUGAUUUUGGUAUAUCCGACCAAAUUCCGACAUCACAAAGUUUGCAAAAUCAAAGUAAACUAACCAAGCUGACCCAAAAAAUACGACGUGAUAUAAGAGAACUAGGAUUGUUAUGUGCUGCCACUGACAAGAAGAAAUUGAUCAACAUACUUGUCAUCAACCAGCAGUUAAAUGCGAUUGACCCUCCUGAGACUUGCUCAGAAAUGCCAUUAGAACCUUUAAGCGAAACGCGAACAAUCAAAACAAUUUUGGUACCGCCGACAAUGCCACAACGAGUUAAAGCUAAGACACACAGAAAUGUAAAGGUUGGUUACGGGGUUGCAACUGCUGAAGAGGUCUUGGAUCAUAUAGCUGAACGAGAGAUAUUGGAUGGCCAGUUGGAAAUAGAGCAGGAAGAAAAUGAAAUAGAAAAGAGAGCACGCGAGCAGAAAAUUGAAGAUGUGGAGAAUCAACUGCAAGAAACUCGGCAAGCUCUAACGACAUUGAGAGCGGAAAAUGCAUCCAAUGUAAAAGAAGCAGCUCAGCAGAAAAAGUCCAAGAAACGUGGAAGCAAUAGUAAUCUCGACGAAACUAUUCUGCAGAACAAAACAAAAAUCGAGACCAAAAAUUCGGAACUUAAAGUUCUUCGAGAACAACUAAAGUCGUUGAAAGCAGAUCAUAUAACGGCGAAUAAGGCAGCGGCUACCAAACGCAGAAAUGAUCUUCAACAAAAGAAAGAAAGAGGUAACGUUGUAAUACCCCAACCAGCAAGUGCUAACUAA